AGAGAUACAUCAACCUAUCCUCAUGAGGUGGUGGGCGUGGCCUCGUGACGUCACUGAGGAGAAACGAAAGUUAAGUGAAGCUGCUUGAUAAACAGAAUUGAGCUCCUUCUUUCAGCAGGACAUAAUCUCUCAUUUGAAGCUCUUUCAGUCAGGUAAACUCCACAGGUAAACUCGAGGGAGGGAGAAGAAGGGAGAAGAAGUAAAGCUGGUAAUGUCUCUUAAUCUUCCUCCUGUUUCUGCUGGAGAUCCUUCCUAUUCAGCUCAUUUCUAACAUUCACUGCUCUUCUAGUUUCAUCAUUUUUAUGAAGGUGUUUAAACUGCUGUAAGACGCUCACUUCUGUUCUCCAGCUCAAGCUGUUCACUUUAGUUCAGUCCCAGAGUUCAGCUUUAACAGCUGGAAUGUGGAGAUGAUCAGCAGCUGGAUGGGUUUGAUGGUGAAAAGUGUGGAACUGUUUUCAUUCACUGACUAAGAAGUAUUCUGAAAUGAUCUCUGUGCUCUCAGAUCACCUUCAUGCUGCUUCUCUGUGUCUCCUCAGUCAGUCAUGGCUUCCUCCAGCAGUCUCCUGUCUGAAGAUCAGCUCCAGUGCUCUAUCUGUCUGGAUGUGUUCACUGAUCCAGUCUCUACUCCAUGUGGACACAACUUCUGCAUGGUCUGUCUCAGAAAGUGCUGGAACAGCAGCUCACACUGCCAGUGUCCAGUCUGUAAGAGAGAAUUCCCCCAAAGACCUGAACUGUCUAUAAACACCUUCAUCUCUGGACUGGCUUCUGAGUUCAAGAAGUCAGUUCAGGAGAAGUCCAGCAGAGCUCCAGAGAAACGUUCCUCCAAAUCUAAGAAGGUUCAGUGUGACUCCUGCUGUGAGGAGAAGCUGGAGGCUGUAAAGUCCUGUCUGGACUGUGGGCUCUCCUACUGUAACGCUCAUCUAUCACUUCAUAAAACUACACCUAAAUUAAAGAAACACAAGCUGAUAGAUCCUGUGGAGAACCUGGAGGACUACAUCUGCCAGAAACAUGAGAGACCCCUGGAGCUGUUCUGUAGAGACGACCAGACGUGUGUGUGUCAGUUCUGCACUGAGGGAGACCACCGGACUCACAGCACUGUUCCUAUAGAGGAGGAGAGUGGAGAGAAGAAGACUCAGCUGGAGAAGACACAGACAGAGGUUCAGCAGAUGAUCCAGGAGAGACUGAAGAAGAUCAAGGAGAUCAAACACUCUGUAGAACUCAAUAAAAAAAUCAGAGAGAAGGAGGAAGCAGACAGUGUGGAGAUCUUCAGGGCUCUGGUGCGCUGCAUUGAGAGAAGCCAGGCUGAGCUGCUGGAGGUGAUGGAGGAGAAGCAGAAAGCAGCAGAGAGGCAGGCUGAAGAGCUGAUUAAAGAGCUGGAGCAGGAAAUCACUGAGCUAAAGAGGAGAGACACUGAGCUGGAGCAGAUCUCCCACACUGAGGACCACCUCCACCUCCUACAGAUUUACCCGUCCCUCUGCAGACCCCCACACACCAAGAACUGGACUGACGUCAGUGUUAAUACUCCUCUGAGUGUGGAGAGUCUGAGGAGAGCUCUGUCUCAGCUUCAGAAACGUCUCACACGGGAGAUGCAGAAGAUUGAUGAGAGUGAACUGAAGAGAAUUCAGCAGUAUGCAGUGGACGUGACUCUGAAUCCUGAUACAGCUCAUCCUUUUCUCAUCCUGUCUGAAGAUGGAAAACAAGUGAGAGAUGAAGAUGAAGAACAGAAACUCCCUGAUAAUCCAGAGAGAUUUGAUCUUUGUGUCUGUGUUCUGGGAAAGGAGGGUUUCUCCUCAGGGAGAUUUUACUAUGAGGUUCAGGUCAGUGGGAAGACCGAGUGGGAAUUAGGAGUGACCAGAGAGUCCAGCAACAGGAAGGGAGAGAUUACACUGAGUCCUGUGGAUGGAUACUGGACUGUGUGUCUGAAUAAAACUGAAUAUAAAGCUUUUGAUUCUCCUCCUGACCUCCUCUCGUUGAAACAGGCUCCCCAGAAGGUGGGGGUGUUUGUGGAUUAUGAGGAGGGUCUGGUCUCCUUCUAUGAUGUUGAGGUCAGAUCUCAUAUCUACUCUUUCACUGGUCAGUCUUUCACUGAGAAACUCUAUCCAUACUUCAGUCCUGAGCUCAAUGAUGGAGGUAAAAAUUCAGCUCCACUGAUCAUCACUCCUGUUCAACUUUAUGAAUGAGGUUUAUUGUUUAUAUUAAUUUGGGGAGCAGUGUUUAUUUACUCUAACAGAAACUAAUUUGUUGUGUCAGAAAUUGUAAACUACAGUUAGAUUUCUGGAUAAAUUCAAUCAGAUUAUGUUUAACAAAUGAAUAUUGAUUAACAAUUCAUACCCAAAUAUUCUCUUUAUAUCUCUUAGAAAGAUCAUUGUCUGUUAUUCACUUUAGCUCCACUGUGAACGUGUGUUUCUCUAAACUUGUUUAUCUUGUUCACAGAAAUCAGCAAAAUACACAAUAAUGAAUUCUGUCUUCACUGGUUUUGUUCUGUUGUAUUACAGAAUCACUCUUUGUGCACUAGGUGGGGGUGUUGUACCUUUUAUUUUCUGUAUUAAAUUAUUCCUGAAUAAACUGU